AUGGGGAAAUCUCCCGGAAAAUGGAUCAAGACUGUACUCUUUGGGAAGAAGCAUUCGAAAUCUAAUUUUUCUAAGAAUGUCACGCCUGACAAAAAGACGGUGGAAAAUCUAUCCCAAAACCCCCCCGUGAUAUCAGAUCCUUCCCAGCUGACUGAUAGAGGUGUCGACUCCUUAGAGCUCGAGAAUGAAAAUCAUGGCUUGGCUUGUGAUGCCAUUGCUUCAUCUCCAUUGAAUCAAGAUUUAGAUUCCAAAAGUGAAAAAGGGUCGGGUCCUGUAGUUGAUGCUGAUAUGAGUAGUCAAAAUCUAGCUGCAGCAAAAGUUCAAGCAUCCUUCAGGGGCUAUUUGGCUCGUCGGGCUUUCCGAGCUCUCAAGGGUAUCAUAAGGCUGCAAGCUCUUAUCAGAGGGCAUCUGGUUAGGAGGCAAGCAGUUGCCACUUUGCAUUGCAUGAAGGCAAUUGUCAAGUUCCAAGCAAUCGCUCGUGGGCAUAAGUUCCUUGUGUUUAUCAGCAAGUAUUUCUUCUUUCUUGCAUUUUAUAUGCAUCAUCAGGAUACUAAACAGGUCAACAUUGGAGCAAACAUCUUCUCCGAGUUAGGAAAGCUUGCAAAAAACACCUUCGUUUGCAAGCUUCUUGUCAAAAUGCCAGCUGCUAUGCCCCUGAGCCUUCAAUAUGAUAUUUCCGAACCAAAUUCAGCCUUGAGCUGGCUCGAGCGCUGGUCGAUGACCCGCUUCUGGGACCCACCCACUCGAUCUAAAAAGAUCGCCAAACCAAAAGCCCAUAAAAAACAGCCCGGCCCGCAAAUUUCCGAGCCCGAAGCUGCUGGUAAAUCGAAAAGAACCAUCCGUAAGGAAAACAUCACUUUAUUAGCUUCGGAGACAGAUAACAACAAACCCAGGCGCAACCCGAGCAAACUCGCUAUUACCCAAACCGAGUCGGCCCAAGAGCAGCAAGCCCAAAGUGAACUCGAGAGGGUUAAACGAAACUUGAGAAAGGUUACCUCAUCAUCUUUGGCCGAGAAAUCAGAAGCGGAGACUGAAAAGCCACAGGGUGGUGUGGAAAUAGCAAAACCUCCCGAUGUUCCUGAGCUGGAGAUAGCAAUUCCGGCCGACUCUGAUGCUGUUGUUGAAACAGUAGAUUUUUCUGAAACCCCCGUGCAAAACGGACCAGUUGAUGAUGUGAAAAUUGAGACUAAUGAAACUGAUGUGAAAAUCGAGACUGCUGUAAGUUUGGAUGAUGAUGAUGAGUCGAGCGUUAAGGAAGAAAAAAAAAGUAACAAGGACAAUCAGAAGAUCAAGAAAAGAAGACGAUCACUGCCAGCUAAGCAGGAGUUUGCUGAAAACAUCUCGCAGAAUAAUUCACCGAGCUUGCCGAGUUACAUGGCAGCAACUCAAUCGGCCAAGGCCAAGCUUCGAGCACAGGGCUCGUCCAAAUUCGGGGAGGAUGGGGCCGAAUUUAGUAACAAUAUUGCUCGUCGGCAUUCUCUCCCGGGACCUGCUAAUGGGAAAUCGAGCACAUUAUCGAAGCCCGUGCAAGCUAAUGGUAAAGGAGGUAGCAAAACUAAUGCAGCAUUGACUUCCUCUAGAGAUGACAAGGUGGUUCAGCCAGGUUGGAGGAGAUGA